AGCAAUCACCCGAAUCGAAAUCACUUCGUAUUCGACCUCGGUACUGCGAGCAUGGAACUCGCUUUCCAUUCCACCACAAAGUAGGCAAGGCAGUUUGAUAGAGAGUAUUUUUUAUUGAAAACUUGGUGUACUGACAACAAUUCAAUCCUCUCUAGACUCUAUUUCUGUUUUAUUUUUGUAUCUGUGGAAUACGCGCGGCACAGCGAUAGCUCCUUGCCUUUGGUCUGCACUCUGCUCUGCUCUGAACUCUGAAAGUCUGAAGACUCAACGAGACACUACAGUGGUGACGGUUCGACUAUAGUUGAAUAAUAUAUCGUGCACACAACAUCCCCAGCUUUAUUUGCCCGCACUUGGUUUUCGACUUUUCGUUCAAUGCCUGAGUUUCAGUUCGAGACUGCGAGUACUCUCUGUUUAGUCGAAUUUUGACUGUGGAACGGUUCGAACGUGUCGUAUAGUGGAAAUAACGAUAUUUUCCAACUCGGUAGCGGUACCAAAACCUGUUUAUCCAGGUAAAACAGUGAAUAAACAAAACAAAAACCAAUCUUACAUUCCUACCUUUCCAGGUAGAUACUAUAUCUUUUUGCUAUUGUGUCGAGUGAAAAGUUGUGUUUAAGUGAAAAACUUAAAAAUCACGCUGACAAUGUAAAAUAAAAAUAAAAACGUCAGUCAAAAAUAUCAAAAAAAAAACAAUUUAUUCCAAGAUUUUAUUGGAAUGAAAAAGAUUAAUGAAUAAUAAAACUGCAUUCCAGUGAACACGUGUUUCGAUUCAAAAAGCCAAAUGGUUCGUUGAUCCAAUUAACGUCCGUCGCGCGCGAAAAAAAACUUAAACAAAAGCAAAACAACUCUCGAUAGAAAAUUUGAAUACUCGUACACUUAGCCUGUGACUGAGACUGUGAAUCGAUUUUGUUGAAAUAACAGUGAUUUUGAUUAAUUCUUAAAACAAACAAAUACACAAAUACAAACAAAACGCAUCAAAGAGGGAAAUAGCAUCAUCUGUCCGGUUAAUUAUGAUGGCACUUGACGGCAAGGCAAUAAUAAAAGAGGAAAUAACUGACAAGGACGCAUUUGAAGCCACAGCAACCACAAAUAAUCGACGAAGCAAAGGUGGUAAUGCGUGCAAGGAUAAGUGCCGAACACCAGAUUCACCCGAAAGUGCACGAGCUGUUGCCCCACGUUCACCCAUGUCACCGCAGAUACAUCACUCUAGUCUGGCACCACCUCCGAGACCGAAUCGAAAUUCAAGUUCCUCACCAGUGGUGAAUGGUGCCACAACCACACCCCCACCGCCACCUCCAUCCACGGCACAUGUUGAGCAAGCCAGGCUAUUGGGUAAGAUUCGAAAGUUUCUUGGGUCAUUGGUGCAAUUGGCACAGGACGUACAUCCGGAGGCGAGUGAUAGAGUUCGAGCAUUGGUACUUUCAUUUGGGAGUGGUGGCAUAUCCAUUGAAGACUUUCGAAUAGCUCUUCAAGAGGCUAUAAAUCUUCCACUGAGGCCCCAUGUCAUUCCGCUGCUCAAGAGUCACAUCGUGUUACUUCAACGAGAAAUAGCCGCAUUGUCCAGAGCCACAAGUCAGACUCCUCUACAGUACGUCACGUCAAAUGAAAAUUCCGUCAUGGAGUUCUCACACAGCCCCUCGGAGUAUCAGGACAUAUUUCUUCAGCUCGACUCCACAACCAGCGGUUCUGUUUCGAAUGGCAACGGAUUGGUCUUUAAAAGACGUUCAUCAGACUCCAUCAUGGAUCACCAUAACGGGGGUCAGGAGUGGAAUGAUUACAUGUAUCCGGCGGCGAAGAGAAUGCACACACUCAAUCCUCCUCCAAACGGGUACAUUCCGGGGCAGCCAGCUUCGUCGCUCUUCGAGUAUCCAGGAAGUGCUGCCAGCAGUCAAGGGGACGUUGGGUUUGGCGGACUUUUAGACAAACCAACUCACAGGGAAGAUAGGGAAAUGCGUGCCGCUGAAUCUCAACGUGUUGGUCGUAUGGCAGCCGGUGGCGGGGAGGAGGAAUGGAAAAAUAUUCACACUAUGCUCAAUUGCAUAUCAGCCAUGGUGGACAAAACCAAGCGUGCUAUAACAAUUCUCCAGCAAAGAGGGGUGGACCCGAUUCAAGAAGUCUCUUCGACUGCAGUCUUGGACAUUCGCCGACAAACCGAAGAAAAAGUAUCCGAAUUCAAGAGAAACGCUGAAGAAGCAGUGAAUCAGGUCAAACGUCAAGCAGUACUUGAAAUUCAAAGAGCAGUAGCAGCGGCGGAAAGUCGAGCCGCUGAGGUAAUGGCUCAGGAACGCCUGCGUAUGGAGAAGUUUUUCGCGGAGAUAAGCCGCAAUCCAAAUGAACGAGAUCUUGACAACAAGUCUCCUUCUGUUGCAGCUGGACAAAAUGCCUGUUGGAAUUGUGGACGAAAGGCGACUGAAACUUGCUCCGGGUGUAAUUUAGCUCGAUAUUGUGGGGCGUUUUGCCAGCACAAAGACUGGGAACAUCAUCAUCAGAUUUGUGGCAGCUCAAGGUCCGACAUCACUGCCGCCAAACAUCCAUCUCAAGUGAUUGCCCUGACAGCGAACAUCCGCGGAAGUCUGGCCCGUACACCGCCCACCCCAUCAACAUCAACGAUAUCAUCACAAUCGUCACAGCCACCCUCAAGUCAAUCGAGUGCUGCGUCAUUAGUUCCAAACGGUUCAACAUCUGCGACCGGAUCUAAAUGACGUAUUCGCAUGAUGAAACCCAAAAAGAAAUAUUUGUGCUAGUCAAAUUAAUAUAUAUAUAAAUAUUAUAUAAAAUAAUUUUUAAUAUUAUUUAUUUAGUGUCUAAACAAAAAUCACUAUCAUUCAAUGUGUAAGUCAUGCACUUUUCAUUCUCGGACUUAAUGUGUUUUUUCUUAUUUCUGUCAUGUGAAGGGAAGGUCGCAACAGGCACAAAAAUAAACCACAAAACAGCACAAUGCAUAGUUAUUUUAUAAAUUUUAAUUAAAAUGUUAUUAAAGAAAAUAAAAAAUAAAACACUAUAGAGAAUAGAGUAUAAAUUAAAAAAAAAAUAAAAAUUAAAUUUAAUUAUAAUUUAUUUAUUUAACUAAAAAUCUUCUUGUAAAAAGAUGUCUAUAAUUUUGUGUUUAGGUUUAAAUGUUUCCCGAUUAAUAAUAAAAAUAUUAAUUUGUUAUAAAUUUAUUUUAUAGGCUAUAGAUUUUAUUUUUUAACAAAUUGCAAAAUUCAAUUUAAUUUAGAAAAACUAUUUAAAAAUUGCUGUUGUCCAUUUAAAUACAAAAUACAAUUCUUUUUAAUUUAUUAAUGUUUAAAAUGUAGAACCAUUAAUUUGUGUUCAGUUCGAAUUAUUUCAAACAAAAUUUUAAAAAACUAAAGAAAACUUAAGACAACUUAAAUGUAAUUGAAAGAAAAGUUAUGAAAAUAAACAACCAUGUGAUUUAUUUUAAAGUUUUUAAAUGUUUCAUUUUGUUAAAUAAAACGAAUAAUUUAUUGAAGAGA